GAACCACUCAUUCUGACAGUUCACAAAGAAACUGAGCAUUCACAGGGAAACACUCUGUGGGUCAGUACCUUGUGGGAUUUCUGUGCAGUUUUCUUUAAAGAAGCACAGACAUGCUUGGCCCUCAGCUGCUGCUUUUGGGUUGCUUGGUGUGGGGGGCUCUAGGCAGGACAGCCAAUCUCAGAAAGGGUAAUGACAGGAACGGCAGAUGCCUCUACACUUUCACUGUGCACAGCCCCAAUGAGUCCAGCUGUCCGGGAUCUGGCGAAGCCAAUUCAGCCAUCCAGGAGCUCCAGAGAGAUAGCAGUGCCCAGCAAUCAGAGUUAGAAGCUGCAAAAAUCCGACUCAGUGUCCUGGAGACCCUGGUGAAGCAACUGAGAGGGGAUGAAAGUCCUGGUCUCAUGCCUCCAGCUGUACAGGAGAUGCAAAGAGAACUGGACAACCUGAGGAGGGAGAAAACCAGCCUGGAGGCUGACUAUAACAACUUCCUCCAGGAAAAAGCUUCCCUGGAGAAGGAGAAAAGGCAACUAGAGAAUGAGAACAGAAACCUGGCAAGGAGGCUGGCAAACAGCCAACGGGAGCUGGAAAUGCUAAGACUGGGCCAGUGUCCUCAAGUCAAAGAAACAGCAGCUGACAUUUCCCAGGGUUCCAAGGAAGUUUCUAAAUGGGGUGUACAGAAUUUAGACUACCAAGAACUGAAGUCUGAAUUAAGUGAGGUUCCUGCUUCUCAUAUCUUCAAAGAGAAUUCAACCAAUCAUUCUGGUACUAAAGAUGUGGACAAUGGAUGUGGAGAACUCGUCUGGGUAGGCGAACCUAUCACUUUGAGAAAGGCAGAGACAAUUGCUGGCAAGUAUGGUGUGUGGAUGAGAGACCCCGAGCCUAUGUACCCCUACACUCGGGAGACCACUUGGAGAGUUGACACAGUUGGCACAGAUAUUCGUCAGGUCUUUCAGUACGACCAGAUCAGCCAGUUCAUGCGGGGCUAUCCUUCCAAAGUUCAUGUGCUGCCCAUCCCAAUGGAGAGCACAGGUGCUGUGGUUUACCGUGGAGCCCUCUAUUAUCAGAAACAUACAUCUAGAAUUGUGAUUAAGUAUGACCUGAAGACUGAAAGUGUGAAGGCUCAGAAGGAGAUUCCCAAUGCUGGCUAUCAUGGACAGUUCCCUUAUUCUUGGGGUGGCUAUACAGACAUUGACUUGGCAGUGGAUGAAACAGGACUAUGGGUCAUCUACAGCACAGAAGAAGCCAAGGGAGCUAUUGUCCUUUCCAAAAUGAAUCCAGACACACUAGAACUCAAACAAACCUGGGAGACCAACAUUCGAAAGCAAUCGGUGGCCAACUCAUUCAUAAUCUGUGGCACUCUGUACACUGUCAGCAGCUAUUCAAUGGCCGAUGCCACCAUUAACCUGGCUUAUGAUACCAGUGCCAGGAGCAGCAAGGCCUUGACCAUCCCAUUCAAGAACCGGUAUAAAUACAGCAGCAUGGUUGAUUACAAUCCUGCUGAAAAGAAGAUCUUCUCAUGGGAUAACUUCAAUAUGGUGGAAUAUGACAUAAGGCUCUCUCAGAUGUGAAACACAUCAGAGCUAUCCUAGGAAUUAGAGGAAGACACAAUCCUCAGUACUAACUAGGAACUCAAGGACGGGAGGAGGCGGAGGGAAAAGCAAGCUGUCCUAUGCUCAUCCUGGUUUUUUGUGCUUUCUGUUUUCAUAAACUCAGAAGAAUUCACCUUUUCAUAACACUUGGCUCUGAAGUAAUAACAUUUUGCCCACUAGGGGGACUGAAGGGAGAGAAGGAAGGAAGGGUAAGAAGAUGGGUACAGUCACAAGUGUUGAUUGAAUACAUGAUAGGUUCUGCUCAAAACUAGCCAUGCUUUUAUGAAGAAUACCAAAUGGCUGAAGAAUCACACCUUUGGAGGGCUUCCUGAGGAAAGCAAUAGGGGAAGAAGCUGAUUGUUUGACGAGUGGUUUAGCCAAGACCAGCCAUUCCAUUGCUUUGGGUGGUGGCUUUGUGAGUCCAUCAGCAUGGAUUCUCCCUCCAUGGAUGGGAUUGCACCACUCCUCCAUACCUGCUCAUCCUCCUUGAUUCUCAUUCAUGUUUUCCUAUAAAUUUAUCACCAAAGACUGCCCGACUUGCUGGGGUGGGGGGAGCAAGGGGAAUCUUCCACUGUUAUUUUAAUUUCGUGGGGCUUGUAGAACUGCAAUAUAUAACACAAAGCCAGCAACUCAGAGUGAAGAGAAGCAUCCUAGUGCCUAUGCCGGGCUUUGAUUCAGAGACAAUGUAUUCACAAGGGUAGCUCCUACUGUCUCUGAUUGUGCCCACUGGUGCCUUUUCA